ACGUGUUACAACAAAACAUUACUGCUUGUCAUUCCCUUACCUAGCACAUCCUCCUACAUCAAAUCCCUGUUAGAUUGCCAAUAAACACAUACCACAACCGAUUCAGAACUACCGUCACCAUUAGUUCUAUAUGUGGUCAGGACAGGAUCCGUACCCACCGUCGCAAGAUGCCACACGGAAGGAGGCGGACACAAAGCUCCGCCAGGUAGCGCACAACUUCUUUCUCAAGGCGGCUAACGUGGUACUAGCGUCACGAUCCGAGCUCAAUGCAGCUAGUGGUGCCACACGCUACAAUAAAUGGUUCAAUCUCGAGGCCAUUGACGGCGAUUUUCGCUUUGCCAACCGGCCCAUCCUCAAGGAGCGCGUACGGCAGUGGCGGCCAUCGCUGCCUAGUAGUUCACAGGGCCCAACGGAGGCGAUUCCGCCAAUGGUAAUCGAAACGUACCUUGAUCUACGGGAGAUGCACCAGCACGGGCUCCAGCUCAGUUUGCACCACGAGGGUGCAGAUAUUGCAGUGACCAAGAACGCCAAAAAGUCUGAGGUGGUGCUCGAGCGCUGGCUCGUGGAGUUUGACCAGAUUACGCUGGAACCAGAGCUGCUCCCGGCGAUAUACAAGAAAUGCAUUGUGCUCUUUCGCGGGUUGUACACCUACGCCCGCCUCUUGCCCGCCUAUUCGCUCUACAAGCGCCUUGAGAGCCAAUCAUCGAUGGGAGAGCCCGUUUUGAGCGAAUCAUCUGGAGAGCCUGGACACUUUCUAAGUGUGGGCUGCCGGAUUCUUGACGGAAACCAGCCAAUAAAUUCCAAGGGCCGCAUUGGCUUGAGCAAGCCCAUUAUCCCCGCAACCAACAAGCUUCGUGCGAACGAAACGUUGCCUUUUCACAUGGACCAGUACAAGUUUGCGCCGAUUGCCACGCCUGGGGGCAGUCUCCGGGUGUCAGUGUCGUUUCGCGAAAACUGCGCGUUCCACAUCACAAAGACCAACGCCAGGUUCCGUGAGACCGACUCCACUUUUGCAGAAACGGAGAUUACCCGAUUGGGUGCAGCCACUUCGUCCCCCAUCAAGGUCCAGCUCCCCAGCGGCCACACCUCGGACUCUCUCCGUCGCUUCUCGCUUACAAGCAACAUGUCGGUGUCGCCGGCCUACUCGUCCUCGCCCAAAGCCGCCAACCGCCGCCUCUCCACUCCGAACCGCAUUCAGGUGUUCAAGUCGGGAUCCGUCACCGGAUCGCCCCCAAGCGGGGGAUACGGCCCUGGAACGGUCAACCAUGGACCUAAUGACCGCCGCGGCAGCGUGACGCCCGUGGAUAAAGACCGCCGCGGCAGCGUGGCUUCUGAGAGAAGUGUCGAUAGAGGUGACCGCCGCGGAAGUGGAUCCGCGCUUGACCGCUCCAGCUCCAACGUAUCGCUCGCGGCGGUGCUCCGGAACCCGCGUACGGGCAGCGUGACCUCUGUGAAUCAGAUUCCACAAGGGUUCAUCCCCCACAAACGGCCGGAAGCUGGAAUUGUUCCAGCCUCCCUUCCCUCCUCUGCCUGCUCCUACACCAGCCUGUCUCCUGACGCUGUUUCCGGAAAGUUUUCCUCAUCGUUCAACUAUCCGCUGUCGCGGCGCCAUUCGUACGUGCGGCGCCGCUCGUCAUCCGUGGCGCGCAGACCGGCGGCUUCAAUACGCUCACCCGAACCAGGCUACUUGUCCACUGCAGGCUCAGAUAUGGACCCCGCAAGUGGGCUCUAUGUGGAUGAUGACAUUGGCGAGUUUGUCAAGAUGAUUGAUAGCAAGCAUGAUUUGCGGCUCAUCGACACGGCGCUUUCGUCAUCCUCGUUGUUCCAGGAAUCGAACCGCCACCUGGGCGAGAUGGACUUCCAACGCUUCCAGUCGAUGAAAUCGCAGUACGACGAUCUUGGCGACAAGCUCUCUGCGCUGUUGAUCCGUGUGUCUGACAGUACGCGUGCAAGUCCGCGGCUCGAUACUCCGCCCAUGCCCUCCAUUCCAUCCAUCAUGGGCGAACACAGGACGCGCGCAACCCCUAGCUCACCCAAGCUGGAUUCGGUUGUUCUUCGCGGCUACUACUCCCUCAGGGGCUCCCCCAGCGUUGGCGCUUCCGCUGAGUACGCCCAUCGCGAGGGCUCCGAGCCGGCGGCCGGGUACUACUCGCUCACCAGCGAGAUCAGGCGUAAACACGCGAUCACGAGCCAGUAUGCGGAUGUAUUUGACGACGAAGAGGAUGAGCCGAAAAAACCUCCUGUCAGGGCCCGCGAAGAGGCGGACGAAGAUGACGACUUGUUGUUUGAGAUGAGCGACGUUCAUUUGGCCAAAGGUAGUGGGUUUGAAUGAUUCUAGCAUGGUUUGAGGAACUGCUGCAUUUGCUUACGCUUGAUUAAGAUCAUUGGCCUGGAAACUAUAGGUAUAUACAAGUAUGGGAAGGGAGGAUUUAAAGAAUAAAGUUUUAUUGGUAAUAUCACGGGCAAAGUACAAAGUCC